AUGUCGUCUCGUCGCUUUUUGAUUGGUCGCGAUGUCUUACUCGAUGGACGUACUAACAAAGGUACUGCUUUCUCCAUCGAAGAACGACAAGCAUUACAUAUUCAUGGUCUUUUACCACCUUCAAUAGCCACACCUGAAUUACAAGUCGAACGAUUUAUGGAAAAUCUACGCAAUAUGCCUGAUGAUUUAUCACGAUACAUUUCGUUAGUUGCUCUACAGGAUCGUAACGAAACAUUGUUCUAUCGAGUACUUAUGCAACAUACUCAAGAAACUAUGCCUUUGGUCUAUACACCAACUGUCGGAUUGGCUUGUCAAAAAUAUGGUUUAAUCUUCGCAAAACCAAAAGGUCUGUUUGUUUCAAUUUUGGAUAAAGGUCACAUUUACGAUAUUCUUUUAAAUUGGCCUGAAAAUGAUGUUCGAGCAAUUGUCGUUACCGAUGGUGAACGCAUAUUAGGUUUAGGUGAUUUAGGUUGCAAUGGUAUGGGUAUUCCUGUAGGCAAAUUAAGUUUGUAUACAGCAUUAGCUGGCGUCGCACCUGAAUACUGUUUGCCAUUGACACUCGACGUGGGAACAAAUAAUGAAACAUUCCUCAACGACAAAUACUAUUUAGGUUUACGACAAAAACGUGUUACUGGCAAAGAAUAUGAUGAUUUUGUCGAUGAAUUCAUGCGAGCAGUUACUAAACGAUUUGGACAUCAAUGUCUAAUUCAAUUUGAAGAUUUUGCAAAUCAUAAUGCAUUUCGUUUUUUGGAAAAAUAUCGAGAUCAAUAUUGUACAUUCAAUGAUGAUAUUCAAGGUACGGCUAGUGUAGCUGUUGCUGGUAUUCUCAGUUCAAUUCGAAUUACAAAACAAAAAUUACGCGACAACAUAUUUCUCUUCUAUGGAGCCGGCGAAGCAUCUAUCGGCAUUGCAGAUUUACUCGUCCUCGCCAUGGAACGUGGAGGAUUACGUGCUGAAGAAGCUCGAAAGACAAUAUUUUUAGUUGAUUCAAAAGGUCUUGUUGUCAAGAAUCGUCCAACGGGUGGAUUGAACGAAGAAAAGAAACGUUAUGCACACGAACGAGAAUCAAUUACGAAAUUAGUAGACAUUGUUGAUGCAAUCAAACCAACAUUUCUCAUUGGUGCUGCUGGACAAGGACCUGCAUUUACACGUGAUAUUCUUGAAAAAAUGGCAUCAUUCAGUAAACAUCCUGUCAUUUUUGCACUUUCAAAUCCAACAUCGAAAGCUGAAUGUACGGCUCUAGAAGCUUAUGAAGCUACCAAUGGUCAAUGUGUAUUCGCAUCAGGUUCACCUUUUCCAAAUGUUGAAUACAAAGGCAAAACUUACGUGCCUGGUCAAGGUAACAAUUCAUACAUAUUUCCUGGUGUUGGUUUAGCUGUUGUGACUUGCCGUAUUCGACACAUACCUGAAGAAUUAUUUUAUAUUGCUGCAAAAACUCUGUCAGAAUUAGUGACAGAAGAAGAUCUAGCUGUUGGUCUUGUCUAUCCAUCUAUUGAAAAGAUUCAUGAUGUGUCACGAUCUAUUGCUGUUAAACUUGCUGAAUAUGCUUAUGCUCAUAAUUUAGCUGCUCUCUAUCCCAAGCCUGAUAAUUUGGAUGAAUUCAUUAAAUCAAAUCAAUAUACAGCUGAAUAUCAAGAUAUAUUACCAUCAAGAUGGAAUUGGCCUAAAAAAUAA